AUGAAAACGAAGCAAAGAAGCUGUGGGUAAUGUCUAUGGACUGUUCUAUGUUUUUCGUUUUUGGUAGUGUUUAUCAUAGGUAUUAUUAGAUUUAUUAAAGAACUUAUGUCGAACUUGAUUUAGCACCAUUAUAGUACUAAGUAAAGUUAUAUUCACUCUAUCAAGAAUGGCCAUCUUUUCCGAAAAACCACAAGCAUAAAAUGGAAAAUGGAUGAACUACUUUUCCAUUUGUCUCAGAGAUUAGAUAGUCUGCAGGUCCACCUGUCGUCAUGGUCACAGCACGGCCGCGUCGUGCUGGCAGGCUACGUGCACAGCUUGCAUGCCCUGGCCCGGGACGUGUGGGCGGGACGGUGGGGCGCCUCCAUGCGGGACGCCAUGUCCGCUGCCUGGGACUGGCUCGGGGCGGUCGCCCGGGACGCCAAGAGGCUGACCGCGGACCUGCAGCCCACGUUCCUCUACGACCGGGCUCGCCACUUCCUAAUGACUCGCACGGGUGUGUAUUUUGGUGGCAUGGGCUUCCUGGUUGGCAGUUUGUUUGGUGUUUUGCUCGGCCUGUCACUCCACCGCCACCCACCGGUUCUGCCAAGAAUGAAGGCAGUAGUCUGCACUGCUUAUCGAGGCCUUGAUUCACUGGCCGUGGUCGAUGACGUGCGUGUGCCGACCAUCUCGAACCCGGAUGAGAUCUUGGUGCAGGUCAAGGCCACCUCGGUCGACAGCAUCGACCUGAAGAUCUGCUCCGGCUACGGGCGUGUCCUGCGCCGGCAGCUCAACAAGUACAACCCUAACGUUGACGGGGAGUUUCCGGUGGUGCUUGGCCGCGACUGUGCAGGGGUAGUGUUGGAGCUGGGUCAGGCCGUCAAGAGGUUUGAGGUGGGCGACGAGGUGUGGCUGGCCGUCCCGCACUGGAGCCCUGGCACUAUGAGCGAGUGCGUUGUAGUGAAGGAGGGCCUCGUGGCCAAGAAGCCGGGCGGCAUCGGCUUCGAGGUGGCCGCGAGCCUGCCGUAUGCCGGCAGCAUCGCCUGGAACGCCAUGGUCCGCCAGGCCCACCUCGACUCUGCCACCACCCGCGGAAAGAGAAUUCUUGUCCACGGAGGUUGCAGCCCUGUCGGCUGCGUGCUGAUACAGUUGGCCAGGCUGUGGGGUGCGACCGUAACUGCCACGUGUGCCCUGCGGGCCACUCCAGUCGUGCAAGCCUUGGGAGCGGAUGACGUGGUGGUCACUGGUGUCGGCAAUCUCGAGAAACAGCUUGCGAGUAGAGAAAGUUUCGAUGUGAUAUUCAACACUGCAGGAGUGAUGGCUCAUAAGACGUGUUUGAAAUUCUGCCAACCUGAUGGCCUGGUUGUGACCACGCUGGCAAAUGACAUCGCCUCUGAUGAGUUCGGUUUUGUUCUGGGCUCCUUGUAUGCUUUGUGGGUGAAAGUCAGGUUGUUGGCUCAGAGCUUUGUAGGUUCGUGCUCGUGGGGAACGAUACAGUUUGGCUCCGAUGUGCUGGACCACCUGGGAGCCCUGGUGGAGGACGGCAGCAUACAGCCGGUUGUGGACAAGAUAUUCACACCGCAGGACGCGGAGCUGGCCUUCCAACACACCGACUCCGAAGAUGCCAUUGGCAAAACGAUCAUUAGAUUCAGAUACUGCUGCACAUGUGGUGUGAAUGUGCGGUAGCAAUUCGCAGAGGUCCUAGUUGACGGAAGAUAUCCUGAUUCUGCUGGAUUGUGUUGCUGCACGUGCAUGGACACUGCUUUGUUUGUGUGUGUUUGCAAACCAGUGCUAGUGUUUCUUGGCGUGGCAACUAUCAGGUCCUUGGUUUAUUUUCAGAAGCACUUGCAAUGCACUAAUAUUGAAUUUUAUUUUCAGUAGAGAUUUUAUACUGGUAUUUAAUAAUCACCCUGUAAAUAAAUAUAUAUCCUUGUAAAUACAUCUAAGUCAAGUAAUUGUUAGUGUUGGUUCUGACUAUACAGAAGGAGCCAAAAUUUUAACACCAACAGACAAACCUCGGCUGCAGGAUCAUCAUGACAAAAUAAUUUGAAAACAUCUAGACCUCUUCUAUCACUGCUUCCCAAGGCUAGUAUGUAUACGUAUUUGAAGUUGGGACUGACCAACAUUUUUAGUGUUGUGAACUUUUGGGGUUGUUGCGGGGUUUUACGGUGUAGAUGUCACCGUGAAAGUCUACACUGCCAAUAAUUAUUAUCAUAAAAUAUUUAUAUUCUUAGGGUUUUUUUGGCUUCCUCUCUCUCCAGUAGCGAUCAGGAACACUGCUGCUGGUGUAAUUAUCCAGGCCGUUAGUCCAGCUAACACGUCACUGCAAUGUGUUCCAGCUGAGAGAGUAAUCAUUCAAAAGAAAGUUGGUAGUGUUAUAGGAUGUGUGAAGUGUGAACAAUUACGUUAACUAUAACCAGGUCUGUUUUAAAAGUAAUUAAAAAUAGUAUGAAUAAAAUAAAAAUAGAAAUAGCUGGAAAAAUGUGAUUUUAAUAUGGUCUUAAAAGUUUGAUGUGAAAUUACUGUCAAUAUGAAAUUCACGUUGAUUAGAGCCAGAGGAUCAACCAAAGACAUUAAAGUGAAUGUUAGAUUAUUUGCCAGACCUGUAUGUUUGUAAAGAAAUAUUAACGGGGUCACAGGAACACAUCAACUACCAUGCCGAGUCUAGCUACAAGCUGUCGGAGGCUUGCUUCUCUCUUCUCUGGACCACCAGGUGGUAUACCGCGACACUGGAACGCUGGAAGGGUAAGCUGAAAGUGGCGAACUACUGAAGUUCUGGUACAGCCAGAGGUUUGGUAGAAGAUCAGCUUCCCUCUCGUCCUAAAAACUCUGUUAAAUUAGGAUCGGUCUCACCAAGUGUAGUGACAGAUCGUAGGUGGUGCUGCAUCAGUCGUCAGGAACCACUACGAGGACGGACGGUACCGACGCGGAAGUUGGCACUAGAUCGCCGAUACUCCCUAUCUAAGACUUGUGCCGUCUCAAACUAUUCUCCCAAACAGUGGUCUGGAGAAUACUAUUUAACAUACGACCGCGGAUGACGCGAUUCUUCGAUUUCUCGGGCGGCAACCGAGGUUUUGGUUCGCCCCAGCCUGAGAAACGUCUUGUCCCUAGCAACCAAAGAGCUAUUGGACAAUCAACAAAAAAAAUUUACUGCAUAGUGAAUUAAAGAAAUGAAUAUCAGCAUGUAAGUGUACUGAACUAAGGCAAAUGAAUAAAAAUUCCAAGGAAUAAUACUUGGAAGACCCUGAGGUUAAAAUCAAAAUUAUUUUAUAUAAAUAAUUGGGGGUAACACCUGUAUUUUUCAUAAUUUUGUUGUGGCAUGUUACCCCAAUUAUUUCAAUGAAAUAAUUUGCUUCAGUGGCAAAAUUCACAGUAGUUUAAGAAAUUCAAUUACUUAGACAUAAUCCAUUCCUUGAGUGUUCUAUCUUAAGGGGAUUAUGCCCUGUCAUCUUGGAUUUAUCCAAAUUUUUGCAAUAAUUCUAUUUUUUUUAACUAUUUAUCCCAAUUUAGCAUGUUAAAUAAUAAAUUGUAUCUUCCCCACCUUCUAUAUCUUGUUGCAACCAUAUAUUUACUAACAGGCUAGUAUGUAAGUGCUGCAAGGAAUUUAUUAUUUCACGCAGUGGGCAACCACAACAAUCAUGAUAAUCACACUAGUUCACAAGUGUUGACUGCAGAAAAUAGCCAAAGCUAAGUCUUAUUCCAUUUCAAGCCAAGCUUUAUUGCAAGCUGUAUCAGAAUAUUUGAAAUUGCAAAAUAGCGAGGCCUAAACCACCUGAAAUAGGUACUUUGUAUAUUGUUUACAACACAAAUGUUGUUCAUCAGCAACUUCAAAGAUGAUUGGGAAGCACUUUAGACUAAUAGUCGUAUACUAGAUGUUUUCAACUUAUUUUGUCAAGAUGAACCUACAGCCUGAGUUUAUCUGUCAAAUUCAGACUCACUGUGCACUCUGACCUGCUAUUGAUUGAAAAGAAAUACUAGCAUGAACAACGUUCGUGCAUUAAACCCCUACCCAAUACGUACAUAUACUCCUGCCUCAUCAUGUCGUGUAAUGCCUCACCAUCCGUAUAUGUUUACUUUUUGCAUUAUCUUUUCUGUACCCUAGGGAAAAAUGGUGCUCGUACAUGAAUAGGCAUUAUUGCGAUGGUUCAAAAUGCUCAGUUUGAACUGUGCACAUUUUUUUUUGUCUGAAUGACUUAAAAGUCAGCCCCAAAAGUUUACACAUGUUAAAUAUGUCUUGCAGUUACCUAGCCAUGUAUUUUUUAUACGUGUAAUAUUGAUUCCUGCAAAAAACAAGUCAAUUAAUUUAUACUGUAUUUUACACAUAUAACUAUGUACAUUUCAAAGAGUUAUUUCGAGUUGCAUGUGUCUUGAAUUUAAGGCUAAGAUCCUUAGUUUUGCAGCCUCCAAGAAAAUUAUUUCUGCCAUGAAUAUCGUAGUAGAUAAAAAAAUAUAUAAAUGGCAGAAUUGUAAACAAAACUUUAAAUUUUGUAAAUAUGAUGAUUAAAAUUGUCUCAAAAAAUGCUUUCUUAUUUAAUUUUAAUUUUGAAAUUUUCAAAACUAAAUAUUAGGUAUAUAUUUAAACGGUACAUGGCUGUUACUUUGCACACAACUUAAAGGAGGUACAAUUAACAAUUCUGCCGUAUAAUUUUUUUAAUACAAUGUACAGAAUUUAAAUAAUCUGAGUACAAAAUAUUGUGAUUUAACUGUCACUUGCCACACAUGAAAGGAACGAGUUCAACAGUUUGCCGCUAGAGCUCCGAUUAGUUCCGAGUUUACUCACUAGAUGCCUCGAAUAUCGCAGGAGUUCAGGCGGGAAUAUUACUGCUUCGAAACGGUCAAAACACAACACUAGUAUCAGCAAUAGUAAUCAAUGAAUUGAAAACCGUCUCACGUUGUCGACAAUUUCUAUAGAUAUAUUUGUCAGCUUCUCAGUGAUGUAAAUUAUAAUUAAUAUGCUUCACUUGUGACAAAUUUAUUCAUAGAAUAUUUUUGAUUUAAAAUCAUCUAACUACAAUUACUGAAUUGUUUUAGUAGAUAGAUAUUUAUUAUAAUAGUUGGGCGCCUUAAAAAAACUUAUUUUGGAAAUAUUAAAGUGCUAAAUAUGAUAUCUAACCUGUUUCGUUUACGGGCAUCUACGUGAACGUCGCAAAUUACAUUUAUUACAACAUUAUUUCACAUAUUAUCUUAGUGACUUCAUUAUGUAUUUUGAUAUGACUCUUUACCGUAUCACAUGAAUGAAUCCUGCAAUCACGGUGUAUUAAAAUAAUAGCAAAAUGGUUUCAUAUAAUAAUAUAACUUCCAAAAUCAAUUUAAAUUAUUAUUUAUACUUCUAUUCAAGAAUCGUACAUUCAAGACAAAUAUAUAAUGUUUAAGAUUUUAUUAGAAUAUUUCAAUAAUUAUUGUAAAAAAAUUGAUUUGCAAAAUGACAAUGAUUUUGUAUAAAUUUAUUUAAUUAUAUUUCUUUAGUUAUAAUUUAUUUAAUUAUGUUUCUUUAAUUAUAUUUGUACAUCGACUUUAGCUCUGGUAGUAUGGGCUAUACCUCUGGGUGUAAUGUUACAUAAAUGAGUUAUGAUCAAAAUAUUAAUAGAUGUUUAAAAAAAAUUAGUAACUGAAGGACCAGCCGCCUAUGGCAACUUCCUCCCGUAAUGAUUUAGUUACGUAUAUAACGAUACAAAAAUAAGGGACAAUCUCUCGAUGCUGUCGUUCAAGUAUGGUUAACUAAAGGUCGUUUAAAAUUACCUUUGGUUUUUAACAAUGGAUUUUUCACUACCCAAGCAUUUAUUGUAUCACUAACCUUGAGCAUUUUCGUUCAUUACACAAGUUCGUUAGAAACGCAAUUACAAGGCAGUGGCGAUUCUUUUUUUUUUUUUUUGCUUCUGGGGUCAUGUAAAAUUAUGUUUUAAAACAAAUAUUGGCCAAAAAGAAUUAUAUAUUUUUCAAUUUAACUUCCGCUACAUUAUUUGCAACUAUAAAUGAUCAUAGAAACAUAAGUUCCACGUGCGCGCACACACGCACGCAUAUGUAUACAUGUAAAUACUUUUGAACAAGUGAAAUGAGGAGUUUUAGCAAAUAAACAUUCAGGUAAUUUUCCAAAAUACAAUUUUAAAGACCUUUAUACUGUGUUCUUACAUUUGCAGUUAGAUUUAUUUAAAUUCUUUGGCAAAUAUUACAAUUUAAAAACUCUUUUAAGUAUGUCCCGUAAUUUUUUUAGGUAAUUUUAUUUGUGUUACAAGAAACCGAAGACCUUGCUGAAGUAAAAUUAUUAUGUAUAUAGAAUGUGUUUAAAUGGGUGUGUAAUACUUCGAUGAAAUUGAUACAGAAUUAUAUGAAAUAAAAUUCUAUUGUUUUACCAGCCUUUGAGCUAUCUAGUUUACGUGAAAUUGUUAUAAUUAAACUUUAGGGCCUAAAUUUUGAAUUGCUCGAAUAUGCAAAAAGUAGUUCCCUCGCUCACAUACUGGCCAAUACAAAUUCCAACCCACUGCCAAAAGGGCUGGAAACUUGAAAUUUGGGUCGCAGCCUCAAUGAGGAAAUUCGGGAAAGUACCAAUUUUUAUUUUAUAAUCAUUAAAAAAAUAAAAUUAAGAAAUAAGCACGCACCUUUAAAAUCGGUGUAUACCUUCUUUCGGAAGAACGUUGUUGCAGAAAUUAUUGUUUACUUCUCAUGCUUGUACAAAUUGAACAGUACUGUAAAUGUAUUUGAUGACAUAAGCAAUAAUAAGUUAUUAGCUGAUAUUGAAUACAAACAAAUUUUUUCGUGACUAAAAAAAAUAAGGUUCUCUGCUUGGCGAGUGAUAAAAUUAUACUAAUGUCAAAAAUAUGUUAUCGGGAAAAAAUAAAUGAAGUUAUUUUUUACCACUGAUUCACUACCCAUAAAAUCAAACUGCAAAGUCUUUGCAACUGGUAUCUCACACAAGAAAUAUAAAACAUAUUCGUGCUUCGUUUUGUAUAAAAAUAAAACACAUCAUAUAAUAUCGGGAGACAGCCUUGAAAAUCGUGCAUAUCACCAACAUGGCCAAUCAGACUCAUAGUAAUGUUUAUGAUGGCAAUAUUUUCGGGGUAGUUUUACGCUCAAAAUUAAUACAAAACCAAAUCAGCAAUCCUUGUAUGAUAAUUUAUAAUACUACAAAAAAUCUUCCAUUUCCUUCGAAUUGUAUUGAGCACUAAAAUAUUGAUUUACUUUUGGCCCAGAUUUUAUUUGAAGAUACUCUGUACAGUUCCGCUUGUUUGCAUUGUUUAUUUAUCAGGCUUAAAUCAUGGCCAAAUUAAUUGAACUGUAACACAAAUUAUUUAUAUAUGUGUGUCUGGUUUGGAAUCAGUAUGAUGUAAUGAAAAACUAUGUCCGAUCAGUGUAAUGCGUUGAAUAUUUAUGAAAAUUUUAUUUCUUUGGUUUUUAAAGCUGCAGACUUGUAUUUUAUUUAUUUCAUUUAGACAACAACAUGCGUCCGUGUUUUCUACAUGGCACGCUCUGUAAUAUUUUGAAUGUUAUAGUAAUUUUGGCUUUUUAAAAUCUGUGAUUUAUGUGCAGUAGAGUAAUUUGUAAUUUUUUAUAAUUUCUUUUCAUAUUUUUAAUGAUCCAUUUGCUAAUAGUAUAUACACUUCUCCAUUUAUUAUAAUAAACACAUAUUACAUUAUUGGAAUUCGUUCAGAAUGGGUAUCACAAGACUACAAAAACUAUUCUCCUGCAUAAGAAAGGUGAUAAUACCAGUAAAGAAAAUUAUCGUCCGAGAGCAAUUACGUCUUAUAUCUAGGGACACCUGUAUUUCACGAAUACAUUUCGUGUCAAGGUAUUUUACAAAACACUGUAGAUUUUUCUUGUAAUUAUUGGCUGUGGUCGGUGAAGGCUGUUUUCCCGCACUCGACGGGGCCAAUGAGGACGUAGUUACCGUACUGCUGCAUGCCCGCAAUUCGCCAAACCUCUAAGGAAAAAGCUACAGUUAUGUGUGAAAUAGCCUGACACGAGAUGUAUUCGUGAAAUACAGGUGUCCUUACUUAUAUAGAAAAAUAUUUGAUCAUUGUAUGAUAAUUUUAAGUAUGAAAAGUACAACAUACUUUCAAAUUUAAUACAUGGUUUUACAUCAACUCUUAAGUACUAAAACACAUACUGCUUAUUUUCUACAAAAUAAAUCUAUACACGGCAACUGAUUAUUAGAGACCUGCAAAAUUCGCGGAUUCAUUCGGUGAUAGGCUAGAAUUCAAAUACAUAUACCUCUUAGAUAAUUUUUCCAUUGGCUUACUGUUCAUCUGGACGAAUCUCAAACAGUUAUAAACCCUCAACCAAAGAAGGAUCGAAUCACAGACGAACCAGCUGAGACGACUUACAAGUCGGCAGCCAGUGAACUUGCGUUAUUUGCCCGAGUGUACAGGGGUAUGUGCAGUCUAUCCUGAAGGCCAUCUAAACUGCGAAUUUUGCAGGUCUCUACUGAUUAUGAAUCAAUUGAGUUUUUUUUAUAAAGCAUCUACGGCCUUGAUUGUUUAAAUAUAUUGUUGGAUAAAUUAACUAAACUAGGAAUACAGUAAGUCCUCUAUUUACGUCGUACCGAUUUACGUUGUUUCGGAUUAACGUCGCUAAUGUUUGAGUACUCAUGUUUCAAUUUAAGUUGUCGCCGAUUCACACUAACGUCGUUUACAAUGACCGUAAAUCUUUAUUUUAACCAAAAAACCGUACAUAAUUUGUUUAUAAUUCUUUGUUUCCUUCGGUAGUUAAUUUAUGCUAUGUAGCGUAAGCUACACGUUCACCGCUUUAUCUUAUCAUACAUCAUGUGGGACGCUUCCUGCUCUCCGCUGCUCUCCGCGCGGUGAUGCAAUACUACCAGCCCGCCCGCUCGGCCACCCACUUAUCUCGCACGUAGAAGUGUUAUCUACUUCCCGCAACGACACAGCAUUUUCUCCUACCCCUUUUCGUCCAACUCCUUGGCACUUCAGUAGAGGUGUAAAAGUAACUAAAAAAAGUGUACCCGUAUGUAUUCGUUACUAUAACAAUUAGUACUCGUUACUUUCGUAUCGUUACUUCUGAUACCGCAUAACAUGCUAUGUAUGUAACAGCAACGAAUCGAGUCGUAUUUCGUACGCGUACAGUAUGACGUCGCGUAAAUAAUAAUAAAUCGAAUAUAAACAAUUAAAAGUAUUUGAUAAUUAACAGCUUUUGUUAACCAAGAAACAAUAAAAUCUCAUUAGAGCAGCUUUAUUAUAAUAUCUCUUUUAAGAUAAGAACAAAAAACGUGAAAAUACGUGAUAAUAAAAAACAAAAACAUACAUAUUUAUAAUUUGUAAAAAAUACUUUCUUACGUUGUUUCUGUUCCAAUCUCAAACUUUGUCUACACACACAAUAACUUUAAUAAACAGUAAAAAACUUGGACGACGAAUUUCCAAAUUAUACUUUUCUUAAUAAACAAACAUCGUUCUUUGUAACGAAUAAGCGCGCGCAUGCGUAAAACAUACGAAAAAUGCGAGUAACGAAAUGCAUUCGUGUGUAACGUUUCGUUACUCGUUACUAGAUGCUGCACCUGUUACUCAGUAACGAAUACAUACGGUUUCCUACAGCUCUACACUUCAUUCGCUAUGAUAUCAUUGAGUUGGCCGGAGUUUUAAACGUGCCGUUGUUAACUUUAUCGUGAUGAAAUGCGUUUGUAGUAGGCCUACAGUAUCAGCUCACUGCAAUUUAUGAUUUUUUCUUCAUAAGAUGUCUUCCAAACGACUAUAUAUCUGUUUUACUAUUUCAAUCAAUAAAGGUAAUAAAGCAGCUGGUUAAAUAACCAUUCUAUAAAGCUGAGAAGUACUAGUUGGACUUGUUUCCCACGCUGUCUGUUGUAAUUUGCUGAUACAAUUGCCCGUUGUUACGUCUGUAUGCCAGCGCUUCCGGCCGACCUUGGGCCGUGGUCAGCCGGUGGCAUGAAACAUGGCUCAUUUUGCGUCGUUUCUAUUUACGUCGCGGUUUUCAGGAACGUAACCCCGACGUAAACCGAGGACUUACUGUACUAUCAAAUGCACAAAAAUAGAAGAGUUUGAUCUUAAUGAUAUAAAGCAUAAUCUAUCUAUUUAGCACAGCCUGAAUAAUUCAUUCCCCAUUGUCAAGACUAAAAUUUAAAAAAACGCGAAAGAAGCAGUAUAAAAUAACUAUCUCAUUAUCUUUGCGGGUGACUCAAACAUCAUACAAACAAAACGAAAUAUUCUUAAACGCAAGAAAGCAUAUUUUAAACACUGUAAAUAACUUAUAUUUUAAAUCAAAGGAUAAUUAUCAGUCUGUAAAAUUUAGUUAACGAUGAGUUGGAAACAGAACAUCAAACAUAUAUCAUAUGUGUUACUACCAACAGAGAACUCUCACAAACAAUACAAUUCCUUUCUGCGCAACCUGCAAGCUCCGGUACCUUCUGUAAAAACAAAUAUAUGUAAAACUUUUCCGGAAGUCGUACCAUGGUAACAACUGAAAUAUGAAGCCUUACUUCUAUAUCUACUUAGCUAGAGAACAAAUUGUAUUACAUUAUUUUCAUAAAAUUAACACCUACAUACGAACAUAACUAAGCUCAUUCAUUAAUUUUUUUUAGUUACGUGAUAUUUUUUUUGAGUUAUAAAGGAAUCCAACUUGAACAGUAAAAAAGAAAGGCUUUUAAUGAACAAACAAACUAAGUCAUUAUAGAUAGCUGUUCAAACCAUUUAAGAUUCAUCCUGUUACAUAAAUUUUUAUAUUUAUAUACAUCUAAUGUAUAAACAAAUCUGAAGAAAAGGCAAUAAAUUCAGAUUGACUUCAUUAUCGAAAUAGAAUAAAACACAAAAUACACUUGCAGAGAACCACCAAAUAUAUUGCGAAAGUGUUUCUGAAAUGGAGUUAAACUUUAAAAUUGCCUUUAUUAUUUCAAAAAAAUAAUUUAAAACUCCAAGCAAAUGUAAGAACACGUCUUCUAGAUAUAAUGGAAGAUUAUAAUGCCGUGUCCGAAUUUGCCUGAAGAAUAUACUUGUAGAUACUUUGGAAGUGACUUCGCAAGGCUAUCAAAAAUGGACGUGAAGUAUGCUAUGCAAAAUGCAAGUAAAUGAAUCUGUGUAAUUCUCGCGUACUUCCAGUUGAAAAUACAUUUUCAUUUGAAAAAUGUUUGGUCAUAUUUUAUAUAUCAUUUAAAUAAUUUAAGAGGUUGUAAAAUAAAUAUCAUUUAUUUUGUAUUUGACUGGUAUAAAUAAAUAAAUUGACAAAAUUAAUUUAUGGAUGUUUAAAACGAAGUUUCAACAAACACAUGUACAUAUUUAGCCUACCGAUCGUUACUACAAAACAAAAGUACAACAAUAAUGUAAGUUGCCGUAAAUUCACGUGACAGCAAUGAAGUGUUAAAAAAAAGGACUAAUUUCACAUGCGUUUAAAAAUAAAAUCUAAAAAUCUUUUUCGGCUGGCUAAACAUUGAACCUAUCCGGAUUCGUCAAAAGCAAGUGAAGACGCAAGGUUGCAAACAUGUAACGGUGGUCAACGUUUAACUGUUAGUGUAAUACAUAUACGCACACACCUGUGACAAAAUGCGUAAAAAAAUAAAAUUUGUAGAAGCGCAAAACCUUUGUGCACACACACACAGUUAAAUUUUUUUUACGGAGGCAGGAAAACUACAUUACUGGCCAACUUAUUUGAAUGUAGUGGUUAGCUGUGAACGAGCGUUCUUGCAAAAGAGAUCAAAUCUGAUAGUUUUGGCCAUAUAAUCACCGCAGUAAAACAUACAAUUUGUAUAUUGUAUAUGUGUAGUGCACCAAAUUAAUAUGUAUUAUAAUUACCUUGGUUUGCACUCGGUUACGUACGGGUUUCUAACUGAAAUGUACCAAAAAUAGUAAUAUUUAUUCUCUUGCGCUUUGUUGAGGAUUCAGUAUUCUUGGGUGAGUGUGAGGGACAUGGACAGAGUGGCAAAGGGAUUGGAAAUCUAAUACUCGCCGAGGCAGAGUACACCCUUCCCCCACUCCCCUCUCUCUGACCGGUCGUAAACAUGACUCCCCGCUGGGCGAUAAGAAUUCUGAGAACAGCGUCCUCUUUCCCACCCCCCUUCCUUUUACACCGCGUCGCUACAUCGUUCAACCGUACUGCUAGUGCGCUCUGUUGAGGACGUAGAUAACUACGCGUGUCUAUGCCCGCUCGUGAGAAACUCAGGAUCUUAGCCUUAAUAAUUUUAAAUUACACUUAUAUUACCAUAUAAAUGGAUUUAGCAUUUUGUUAGUAACAGCACUUAGUGUGAAUUAGCUCUGACAAACUAUUUAGAUAAUAAAAAUUUGUUUACAUACGUAGUUUUAUGUUUGUCAAGAGAAAGAAAAAAAAUAUAUAUAUAUAAUAUAUAUGCAAGAAUGUAGGAAAAUGUUGUAAGGAGGAUCUAAAUUUUCAGCUCUUCUGUUCUAGGUUGUUGGUUUUAUAGUCAAACUGUACAGAAUUUUAUGCAGUGUUAUUGUUUUAUUUAUUAUAAUUUUAUUAAUUAUACUUUAUUUCCAAUAAUCAUCAUUCAUCAUGUAACAAAUUCAAUAAAUUUAAUG